UUUGAAGUUCUGAAAUUUUGCUUUAAAAACAAUAACGUAUGGUUCAGUCAUAGUGCACUUGAAUUAAUCACGAUUAAGUGAUCAAAUGAAAGAAAAAAUGUUUCGGAAAUUUUCAAUUUUAAUUAUUUUUGUAAUUCAAAAUGUGAUGGCAAAAGAAUGUGUUAAUCAAGAAGUCUAUCUAAACACAAAUGCAGAAAAAUCAAGAAAUAAUGUACAUAGGCGGUGCGAUAGAUCGGACUUUUUUAACUUUGAUGCAUCCAAACACGUCGUUUUUUACUACACAAAAGAUGGCAAAAACUAUUCAAAAUCUCCACCAACUCAUUGCGAUAAAGGCGAAAAAGUACUUCUUGGUAUUCACGGUUUUUGUGAUGAAGUGGAUUUAAAAGAAAAAUAUUGGAUGUAUGCUUUAAUGAAAGUGCUAUUAUCAACGGACGAAUACAAAUACGGCGUGAUCAUUUCUUAUACAGAUUUAUGCUGUAAUUUUCUAUUGGUAAGAGGACGGAUAGGAAGAAGUAUUGGUGAUUAUUUAUCAAAUCACAUAACUGGAACACUUGGAUUGCGUCCUAGUUCAGUUGAUGCAUUUGCACAUAGUUUGGGCAAUCGCUUUUUAUCCUAUAUGGCUGAUGAUCUGAGACGAAAUAAUAAAGGUCAACUGAAUAAAAUUUUUGCACUGUGUAUUGGCUCACCAAUAUUGGACUUGGGACUCACUGGAUUACAUGGUGAUGAUGCAAGAACGGUAGUUAAUUUUAUCUCUGAUAACUAUAAUUUAAUUGGUUCAAACCAACCAAGGGGAGAUGUGAAUUUCUAUACAAAUCCUCACGACAGAAUUCAGCCUGGAUGCACUUCAAGUGAUUGUAAUCAUGAAAUGUGUAUAAACUUUUUUCUCGCUUCAUCACUUCAAUCCAUUCGAAAUGACAAAGAUAAAUUCAUUUAUGGAAAAUGUAACCCAAACAGAAAUUGUCCUGCAGCUGAUUCAUCACACAAAAAAGCAGGACCGUAUGCAUCCGGUAGAGGAUGCUUUUGUGCAGAAACCUCGGCUUGUUUUCCAUACUGGCCUAAGCCCACGUCAUCUUGAUACAAUCUACAAUUUAUAUAAUUUUGAAAUUCAAAGAGUGCAACUUUUCUAAGUCAUGUUUGUCAAGUAAAUGAAAUUGUGCAAAAACA